CUGAAGAGGAAUGUGAUUUAUUCGAGCACGAACGACACCAUCAUCACGGGAGCAGUUUAUUGCAACCUGUUCGUCAUCUUUCGCCAAAUGUCACAUGGGACUAGGCAGAAAUCACAAGAAGAGGUUAAGAAGAACAACAACUUCAUAAUAGCAUAUCCCAUCUAUCAAGUAAUGCUCGACUAUAGUCUAGUCGAUAUGUCCUAUUCUAACACUUUCAAAGAUGCCAUACCCAGGCCGUGUACACUGCUGUAUAGGUGUCAAGGAAACGACCGCAGAAAUAUCACCACCCUAAAAUAUUUCAUAGCACUGUGUGGAAAAUAUGAAAACCUGAAGUUUAUACCCGGUAAUUGUUCUAAGAUAGAGAAUUUCUUUUUAUACAGAGCAAAACACAUCCACUUGCAAAUUAAUCUACACGACACCAAAAGACGACAUGUGAGUACGUCAGAAAAAGAAUCGAUCAAAGACAACGCCUUCUUCACGAGUGGGGUGUCUUGCCAGUCUUACAUUGGUAAUUCGCGUGAACACAUUAUCGGUGUAGUACACAUGAAUGAUUUUGUACAACUCUUUAACGACACGUUAAAUAUAUUUAAGAUGUACAAAAAGAAAAGAUCCGAACAGAGAAAGAGAAAGUCAUGCUCUGAACUGUUAAAACUGAUCUUAAAGAAUUCAGCUAGAGUCUUAACCCAACGCGGAUACGUCUGGAGUCUAUGUCCGUCAUUUCUUCGAUACGAGGAGAAGGAGAGUGCGGAUGUUGAUACCAAACAGGCCAAGAACAACAUCCGAGACAAUACCAAAGAUAACACCAAGAUCAAAUAUACCAGACACAUAAGAUAUAAGAUCAUGACGAUAGUAUAUGGAAAGGAAAUAACCGAGAGAAUAUAUAAGGGCAAUAAGAAAAGAUUGGCGAGUAACAUAGACAAGAGAAGACGGAACAGAAACAGAAAAUAAACGAUAAUAACACCAGCAAACGCCAAGCCAAUUGGACAGUGGGACUGUCAGUAGUUGCUGAAGAGGACGGUUCCAAGACAACAAGAUUUCAGAGGACGGUUCCAAGACAUCACAUCGUGUAUAAGUGACUGCCAAUAGCUGCUGAAGGGGACGAUUCCAGUGUUCUAGGUGACGCUGAUGGGGAUGACGACGUCCACGACAGCUGCGAAGCGCUUAUGAAUGAUGCUGAUGGGAACGACGACGUUCACGACAGCUGUGAAGCGCUUAUGAGUAUGACAGUCACUUUAUGGUUAUGAACGAUAUAUUGAAGACAUGUCUAUCUUCGAGGAAUUGUCAAGUUAACGGAUUCACA